CCUGCCGCUCAAUCAUUAGUCUCUCCGUUCCCCCUUCUCCUCCUCUCCCUACUCAUACUCACUCCCAAAUCAAAACACACUAAUUUCAUUUCAAUUAUAACACAAACACCUCGAUUUUUUUCAAUUCACUGUCCACGAGAAUUCUGUACUGUUACUAUUGAUCAAUUAAUCAGUGAAGCAUCUUGAUUAAUUCUACUAUGUCAACGUCUGCAGCUGACGGCAACGGUGAUGAAGGAGCAAUUAUCGACCCUUCCCAGAAGGCCGGAGUCGACGGGAACAAUAACGGCGCGUUGGUGGUGAAGAAACCACCGGCAAAGGACCGCCAUAGCAAGGUCGACGGUAGAGGCCGCCGCAUCCGCAUGCCUAUAAUCUGCGCCGCCAGAGUUUUCCAGCUGACUCGUGAGCUCGGACACAAGUCUGAUGGACAGACGAUUGAGUGGCUUCUACGCCAGGCGGAGCCGUCGAUUAUAGCCGCCACUGGUACAGGUACUACUCCAGCCAGUUUCUCCACCGUCUCUGCCUCCAACCGAAAUUCUUCUUCUGUCUCUGCUGCCCUAGACCACAAACCUCAUUCUCAUUCUCAGUCUUUGCUCUCACCAUCGCCUUUCAUUCUCGGCAAGCGUCUCCGUCCUGACGAUGAAGACCAGCACCAGCACCACAUCGCUAAAGAUGACGUUACAGCUUCCGUGGGACCCACGGUAGCUGCGGGAGGGUUUUGGGCUUUGCCUGCCAGGCCAGAUUUUGGGCAAGUCUGGAGCUUUGCUGCACCUCCUGGUGAAAUGGUGGUUGCAGCCGCUGCAUCGAAUAAUCCCCAGCAGCAGCAGCAGCAACCUUCGGCUUCCUUGAGGUUUCUUCAGCAGCAACAGCCAUUGGGAAUGGGGGAAGCAUCAGCUGCAAGGGUUGGUAAUUACUUGCCCAUAGCUCAAGUACAGGGACAUCACCUCAAUUUGCUGGCAUCUCUAUCCGGUCAUCCACCUCAAUCCUCCGAACAACGAAGGGAAGGUGAUGCAAAUUGAUUGUUAGUCGGGAUGAAUGCCUAUCAGAGUGCUGUAAGAGAAUCCAAUUCGUCGUUUGUUGUUGAUCAUGUUGUUGAUCAUGAUGAUGUUUGGUCUGCUGAAUGAAUGUCUUUGUUAAUAUUGCAUAUGAAUUGUUUGUUAAGUCAUCAUUAGUCUUUUUCGUUGGUUAGUUGCUUGUUGUGUUUUUAGAAGAUAAAAGAUAGAUAAGUCCAACCCCGUAAUUAUCUAGAUCUAGCUUUGGUAGAACUAAUGUGUUUGUUAUUGUGAAUUGCAUUGUGGUUUCAUGGUAAAUGAUGCUGGUAUUGAUAAAAUCGAUCUCCAGUAUUUGUGUUCAGAAUUCAGAGUGCCAUUGUAGUUUUUGCUUGGUUGAUUGAGUACCCCAAUUCAUGUAAGAUUAUUACAACAAUAAAUGGAAAUUUCUUCAGGCUGUUUUUUCCUA